AGGGAGGGGGAACACCACAACAAACAUUCCUCCCCACGGUGCCCCUUCCUGACUUCCCCCCUUCGGGGUCCGAAAGUGGCCUUUGUGCCUCGCAAGUGCUACAUCGGUGGACACCUCUGAUGUUUGGUCUUGUCAGGUCUUUGUAGUGCUUCUAACUAGGGCAGAAUAAAAUUGGCAGAAGACCGAGGAAUUCCUUCAGACCUCUUGGAGGCUUCCUUGAAGCAUAGAUGGAAGAGGAAAACUCGACAGGCUCCGAAAAAGGAAGAGGCUGUGAUGCCAUCAAGACUGGGAGCAGUAGGGGAUUCUGGGAGAGAACAGUGCAGAAGAUCCUGGGUGAGGAGGACAUCCUCAGCUCAGAUGUGCAGCGUCAGCAGUUCAGGGACUUCUGCUACCAGGAGGCCAAGGGGCCCCGAGAGGUUUGGAGUCAACUCCACCGCCUUUGUCGUCAGUGGCUGAAGCCAGAGCAGCACACCAAGACUCAGAUCCUAGACCUGGUGAUCCUGGAGCAAUUCUUGACUGUCCUUCCACUGGAGAUGGAGAGCUGGGUGAGGGAAUGUGGGGCGGAGACCAGUUCCCAGGCGGUGGCCCUGGUCGAAGGUUUCCUCCUCAGUCAAGCGGAGGUCAAGAAGCAGAAGGAGCAGCAGAUACAGGAUCCGUUUGCAAAAAAGGGCACUGAUCUCCUAGAGGUGGAGAGGAAUCCAUUGGACACCAGACAGGGGCCUCUGGGUGAAGGAAUGAUUCCAGCAAGAUCACCUCCGACAUCUCAUCAUUAUCAUUACAAUGGAAGGGUAGCAAUUGCAGUGGAACAAGAUCAGGGUACAGUGUUCUUUGAGGAUGUGGCUGUAUACUUCACAGAUGAGGAGUGGGCUCUGCUGAAUCCUGACCAGAGAACAUUGCAUAACAGUGUCAUGGAGGAGAAUUGUGUGACCGUGGCGUCUCUUGAAGGUGACAAAUUGGAAACCAAGAAUCAGGGAGACCAUGGCAAACUCCACACAGUAGAGAAGCCAUAUGAAUAUCUGGAGUGUGGAGAUAGCAUCUAUCAGAGUUCCCAUCAAGGAACUGACAACAAGGAGAAACUUUAUCAGUGCUUGGAAUGUGGGAAGAACUUUAGCUGGAAGAAAAAUCUCACUUCCCAUCGAAGAAUUCAUACCGAAGAGAAACGAUAUCAGUGCUUGGACUGUGGAAAGAGCUUUAACAGAAGCACAGAUUUCUGUCGCCAUCAAAGAAUUCAUACAGGGGAGAGACCGUACGAAUGCUUAGAAUGUGGAAAGAGCUUCAGCCAGAGCUCCAACCUCCAUGCCCAUCAAAGAAUUCACAGUGGGAACAAACCCUACCAGUGUUUGGAAUGUGGGAUUGGCUUCACCACCAAGAGAAGUCUCACGUCCCAUCAAAGAAUUCAUACUGGGGAGAGACCAUAUCAGUGUCUGGAAUGUGGGAAGAGCUAUAGCUGGAAGGACAGUCUCACUUCCCAUCAAAGGAUCCAUACAGGGGAGAAACCCUAUCAGUGCUUGGAGUGUGGAAAGAGCUUCCACAGAAGCACACAUUUCCGCCGCCAUCAAAGAAUUCACAGUGGGGAGAAGCCCUACCAGUGCUUGGAAUGUGGGAAGAGCUUCAGCUGGAAGGAAAGUCUCACCUCCCAUCAGAGAAUCCAUGCAGGGGAGAAACAAUAUCAGUGCUUGUAAAUGUGGAAAGAGUUUUAUUAAAUGUACCAUUUCCCAUCUUCAUCGAGGUAUUCACAACGCGUAGAAUCCAUAUCAGUGUCACGGGUGUGUCCCAUCCUGCUCUUUUUUUGUAACAGGGCAACAAAAAGAACAUAAUAGCACCUUCAAGACUUAACACAUGUAUUCUGGCAGAAGAAUGUGAGGUUUUGAGAAGGGGUGGGGAGGGAUGUUAAAUGUUUUCACUUGGUGGGACAGUGCCCCAAGAGACUCUUAUGCAGCCUACAGUUCUUGGAGUUUGGAAAGAGCUUCAAAGAAACACAAAUAUCCAUUGCCAUCAGUGAAUUUAAAAGGGGGAAACUGUAUUAACACUUGGGAGAGAAUGCUUCCACCCCCAUUUUUCCUUUCUUCCCAUCAGGAAAUUCAUAUAGGGAGACAUUAUGCAAAUUGGUGAUAUCCAGUGUUAAUCUUGCUUAGAGUUGACCAAGGUGGUCCAGCUUUUUUUCAUGGCCCCAGAAACAUUCAAGGGGGGGAAACAUCUCAAAGCCUUUAAAAAAUAUUUUUGUGUGUGUCAUGCAUUGUUAACGAAAGCACCUACAUCUGUUUGUGUAUUAAAUUUGUUUUAAUAAUUAAAUAUAUUAAAUAAACUAAAUGUGUAUUUAAUUAUAUACUGUAUAUUUCAUUAACUUCAUUAAUUGUGUAUAUUACCGGUAAUUAUAUUGUGAACACUUUAAUUUACGAUAUGGAAAUUUAAUUCAUUGUGUGGCCCGUGGGUUCUGUGAUGAAGUAUUAUUGCGGCCGACUUGGUGUGAAAAGUUGGACCGCCCUGAAAUUAACAGACCCAAGUUAUUGUGUUCAUUAAGUUCAGUGGGUGUACUUUGGGCAGGAUUAACAUUAGAUACAACCCACUGCUUUGAAUGUUGAAAGGAAAUGCUUUAGGCAGAAAGUGAGCAACUAGGACUAUGAAAGGGAGCGGAAAACCGUUCUCCACAAUUUCUCACCAUGCCAUUCAGGACUUUUUGCACAUGUAUGAUCACCCUCUUUCUUAAAAGGUUUUCUAGGCUGUCUUGAAGGCUAAUUCAUAUCAAAGCUGCCACUCAGCUCUAGAAAUACUCAUUAAUUAAAUUUUUCAGACCAGAAUAUAUGUAGUUUCAUUUCUGUUUUUUCAUCAUUACAGUUUUCAUACAACAUUACAAUAAAAAAUUGAGACAUUUAAUUCCGUUCUGCCUUUCCAUAGCUUGAUCUUUUUACUGUUUUUUACCACUGCAUAUUCUAAUCAAUCCAUAUCUUCUCGUUUUCCACAUUUUAAUUCCACAUAUUUUAUACUGCUGAAUUUAUUCUAAACCUGCUGAUGUUUUGACCUGUUUACAAUAGUUCUCAGAUCAUUUUUUAGCCUAUUGAGCUCACCUACAUUUCCGAUUAAAUCUUAACUAUUUCCCCCCCCUCCCUUUAUGUAGGACACAGCAGUGACCAUCUGGAACUGGGGUUCACCAGUUGUGUUCCGGUGGGGGGUAUUUCUCUCUCACACACAACCCCAAUCGCAUGGGACCUUUUUGUGUCCAUUUCCCAAGUCUCCCAUGUCCUGCUUGAAUAAUCCCCCCCUCCGAUCAGGUCUAGGCCAUGUGCAAAAAUGCAUCAGAGGACAGAAGUUGGCACAGAGGAUGUGUGGGGCCAUAG